AUGUCACUUUCUGGUAAGGAAUUUCUCAAUUUGUAUAAAGCAAACUACGAGGCUGAAUUGGAGAGACUGAAGCUGUUUGACGAGAGAGACGACCAAGACAGCAGAAUUAGACUACUUCGUGCAUGCAUAGAGAAGAAGAUGAAUGAAGUGGUGAAAUACCCAAUUACGGUGGGUGCAUCCAAGUGUAGAAUCAAUAUCACGUGCAUUGGUGACACCAAGAAGGAGUAUCCGAUGACUGGAGAAAGAGUAAGGGCCUACGUUGGAUUCACCAGCAAAAGAAGAGUGGCAAUGGAGGAUACUAAGAUAGGUGUAACAUGCAGAAUACUGUCAGAUGGCCCAAGAAUAGCAGGAGACAACAAGAAGGAGUGGAAGGGGGCUACUUUCUGGGAUAAGUUCAAGAUGGACGUUGAUUUCGUAGAGGAGGCCACCUGGAUCGAGUACUUUGGAAUCAGCAGUGAAAAAUAUCAGGGAUUCUUCAGCAGUGAGAAUGGCAAAGAGUAG